UUGAUCCAAGGUCUCUAGAGCUCAAGAUCCGAAACAAGGAAAUGUAUGGGCAUAUUUUUGUAUUAAAUUACCCAUAUCUCAGCUGUUUUUUCGCUCUAUCGAUCUAAAAUUUCACGCUGAAACAAAUUUUUAYAUGCAGUUUCUGAUAAUGUCACCAAAUUCCUAAAUGUCUUCAGCUCGUGACGUCAUCACUUCGGCACUAGCUAAGCGUAUAUAUUCCGCAUUCCACUAUAGUAAUACAAAGUAAGCUACUCGAUAGCUUAGAAAUAGUCUAAAAACUCACCUCAAAGUUGAACAUAGUUUCUUUUCGCGGUGUAAGCGGUCAGAUUGAAGAUGAGAUUUGAUGGUAUAUUGAAGCAGUUGAUGCUGUUAAUCAUGGCCUUCUUACUGGUAGCAUCAGUGCGGGAAACAGGGGUCAAAGCAGGAUCGUUUCCUUUGCCAAACAUAUUCAAUUAUCCUCAUAUCAAGAACCAGUCGCUAGUUUACUGUGGUGAUGAAUUCGAUCCUACGAUUUCAGUCACCUAUUUUCCAAAGGGAUAUAAUUGCAGACAAAGAAAGACAAUGGUAAUUAGAUUCACGCCGAAGUUGGACGUGUUCUCCACUACUUGUCAUAUUGAGGUAUACAAAAACAAUAUUUUGGUUGUAAAUGAUAUCAAGUCAGACUUGUGCUCUCGUAGAAGUGACAUCAGGUGCCCUUUGUUAAAAGGAGAAACUCAACAAAUUGAAGGUGGUUUACGAAUGCCUUGCGAAAUGGCGAAGGCUCACUAUCAAUUUAAGUCUUAUUGUACAAAUCAAGAUGAAGUAACUUCUUUUUGUUUGAACUGGAGUUUUACUUGGGUGUGAAGACACCCAAUCAGGAUAGACUACUUGCCCGACUGCACAACUAAAUAAAAGACAAGUGCCUCGUAACCGGGCCUUCCUUGGUGCAGCAAGCUUUAUUGUAUCCUGAGUUAAGGUUUUUGUUUUGCAGGAUAUUGUUUAGCUCCAAAAUCAUUAUCCUUGGGCGCCUAUUGUUUUUUUGUCUUUAUGCAUACUUCAGGUGCCUUGCAGCACCAAGAAAGAUCCCAACUAAUACUCAUUAAGAUAGAUACUGUGUUUGUAGGCUGGAAAACUGCUGUAGCUGUGAUUUCUUUGCUAAUUGAUGGGUUGCAAGCAUUCCCAAGAGAGAGUUAAAAGACAAAAACAUGGCGGUCAUUGUGGUACCGUUAACAAUGGAUGCUAAUAAGAAAUCUUUUGUUAAAUGGUACCAACAUGGCCGCGAUGACGUAACGUGCAAACGAAGAAUGGUCUGAGUCAGAACCAUGAAUGAUUAACGGAUUGGUGCAAAACAAAAAAAAUGCAUGACUAAAGAAAAACCAAUCUUUAUACUUCAUACUCGAGUUUCACACAUGUACUGGGUUUUAUUUGACCCACUCUUUUUCCAAGCGGAAAACAUUUUUCAGGUUUCACUACGGCUCGCAGACGCGAAAGAUCAUCAUAAAAAGCAGUUGCAGUAAUCUUCAUGUACUAGGAUCAAGUAGUUGGCAAGUACUUUUCAUCUUAGAGUGAAGUCAUUAAAUUAAACCCGUUAGAUAUUAGACUAAGUAAUGUUUAAUAAACGAGCAGGAGUAUUUUAUCGGGU